CAGCACAGCCGCCAAUGGCGGACCUCUUGGCAGAGCAGCUUACGGUGAUGCGGGAGGUAUCACAGCAGCUGGCAGCACUGCUGGAGAUGUUGCUGCGGGUAACCGUGGCCGGACCCGUGCCGGCAGCGGCCCCGGCGGCGGCGCCUGCACGGACAGUGGCACUGCUGCGAGUAGCUACAUCGCUACCCUCCACACAACCGUCUACAGCCUCCGCUGCUACGCCGUCCGCUGGCCCGGCGCCCAUACCCUGCCAGCUUUCUUCAUCUGCAUUGGAGCCAUCGGAAAUACUCCUGCCUGACGAAGCAAACAGUAAUACAGAGGAAACACCUGCUCCACAGCAGGAGACUGUGGUGGUGGCCAGACGCCGGCAAUCAGUAAGUCGGCUGCCCCAGAACUGUCCUUGGACGCUUCCAGAGUGUAAGGUGACUGUGCGUCCAAAAAAUUCAAGGCGUUUUUGGGAGGCGGUCAGGUUGCGGGCUCUGGAGGCGGGAGACUGGGAUUUAAUAGAGAAAGUAGGGAUGCCUGAAGAUGCAGAGGGACCUGUGCAGGUUGCUACAGUACCUCGAGAAGGUGUAAUGGUAGAUCAAGACGAUAGCGAACCCUCGCAGGGGGUUAUCCAAGCCUUUCCUGUGCAGAAGGCUCUUCCCAACAUGGGUCAGCCUUACAAGCGUGAGGUUAUUGCUCGGAGGGUGAUCCAAUAUUUACAAUCCAAAGUGGCACAAUAUGGGCUCGGUUCUCCUGAAGUCAUGCAGGUUAUUAGAGUGCUGAAUACUGAUCUGCUUUCUCCGUUUGAUAUUAAGCAUUUAGGUCAGGUGAUAUUUCAACCUGUGCAAUUUACAGUUUUUGAGAGCAAUUGGAGAAGGAUGGCUGAAAAAGCUGCAGCUCAGAAUGUGCAGUUGCCUCCAACUGAUCCCAGACAUGGAGUUCGAGUAGAUGCUCUUAUGGGAGCUAAUUUCUUUUCUAAUCCCGAUCUCCAAGCUACCUGGCAUCCUCAGGUCCUUGAACAGGCUCAAAGGAUUGGUAUGGGAGCUCUAUUAAAAAGUAUAGACAUGGCUGCUCCUAAAACACGAUAUGUGAAAAUAUCUCAGGGGCAGAAAGAGCAAUUUUUAUCCUUUGUGGAAAAAAUUGCUGCGGCCCUCGAGAAGCAGGUUGAAGAUGAGACAUUAAGGCAGAUGUUGUGCAAACAAUUAGCAAGAGAUAAUGCCAACAAUGAGUGUAGAAAGAUCAUAGAUGCUUUGCCAAGGGACCCUACACUAACAGAGAUGGUUGAAGCGUGCUCUAAGGUGGGGUCUGGGGAUUAUAAAUCUGCUUUGGCUGCAGUUCUGCAGCCUAUUCAAGUAAAUUCUGAUCGUGAACAAAGGAAGCCUAAGGUUGAGAGCAAGCAGAAACAGGCUAGACAGAAGCAGAAAGAGAACAAGGGAAGUUCCCACUGCGAGAGAUGUGAUAGGCCAGGUCAUUAUGCAAAAUACUGUGAAUCUAUGUACCAUGCCAACAGUCAGCUUUUGACUAGCUUGGGAAACAUGAACAGGAGCGUAAGGGGGAAUUGCGCUCAGACACAAAUACUUCCCCAGGGCAUGGCACAGACACAGGCCUACUCAGCCAGCUUAGAGGCAGCACCCAAGGAUCAGCCGGGGUGGAUGUGCACACCGCAGCAACAGUCAUCUUAGAAUCCGGUCGUGUUCAUAAGGUUCCCUUGGAUACAUUUGGACCCCUAGGUCAGGGAUCUAGUGCAUUGCUUGUGGGAAGAUCUAGUGACACCCUUCAAGGGAUCUUUGUACACCCAGGAGUCAUUGAUGCUGACUUUACAGGCCAGAUUUGUGCUAUGGUUUCCAUACCCACCCCCCCGUCACUAUUCUUGAAAAGACUCGCAUCGCUCAACUUGUGCCUUUUAAGUCAUGUGUUCCCAGGUCAGAACAACGAAGUCGUGGAGAUGGCAGCUUGGAUCUAUGGGACUUCCAGAGAUCUUCUGGACUGCAGACAUCUCUAGCCAAAAGCCACAGAUGAUGUGUACCCUAAUCCUGCCAAAUGCCCAUCUGCCCCAGAUCCAGCUCCAAGGUUUGAUCGACGCGGGCGCUGAUGUGACAAUCAUCUCCUUCUCUGCGUGGCCUCCUACGUGGCCUUUAGCCCCUGUGGAGUCGGCCAUCGCAGGGUUGGGAGGAACCACAAAGAGCUAUUUAAGCGAACGACCUGUGGUGGUAAAAAACCCGGAGGGACAAACAGCUACAGUUCGGUCCAACGUCACUGCAGCUCCACUUAACCUUUGGGAGUGGGAUGUGUUGGCAGCCUGGGGGGGUACGGAUAGGGACACAUUUUUGAUGGGGGUCACUGUGCUGAAGGGCGCAGAGUAUCCUAUGCUGCCUUUGCAGUGGCUAGUAAACAAGCCCAUCUGGGAAUCCCAGUGGCCCGUACCAAAAGAGAAAUUAGUCGCCCUUCAUAAGUUGGUUCAAGAACAAUUACAACAGGGACACAUUGAGCCUUCUACUAGUCCCUGGAACACUCCUGUUUUCAUAAUUAAAUAAAAAUCAGGGAAGUGGAGAUAGUUGCAGGAUCUCCGAAACGUAAGUGCAGUGAUAGAAAGCAUGGGGGCAUUGCAGCCUGGUAUUCCCUCUCCCACCGUGAUUCCAACAGGGUGGGAAAUCCUGAUCAUUGAUUUGAAGGAUUGCUUUUUCACAAUUCCUUUGCAUCCUAAUGAAAACCCAAAAUUUGCUUUUACUGUGCCUGCAGUUAACAAUGCUGAACCUGCAAAGAAAUAUCAAUGGAAGAUUCUACCUCAGGGCAUGAAGAACAGCCCAACUAUCUGCCAAUGAAGAUAAACAGUAAUGAGUACUUUGGACCAAACUACUACAGGAAUACAACAUCAAGUCACCCCAAGGAAACUCCUGAGGCAUACUGCUGCCAUUAUAUGGAUGAUAUCCUGGUGGCAGCAUCCACUCAGGAUGAGCUGCUGAGGAUACAGCCUCUGCUGCUCACUGCUCUGUAUUCUUAUGGAUUGCAAGCGGCUCCGGAGAAAGUUCAACAGCAUCCUCCUUGGAAAUAUUUAGGAGUCAAAAUUUUGGAUCAAACUGCAACACCAAGGGGUGCAGUUCUUGGAUUCUAUUAAGACCCUGAAUGAUGCUCAGAAAUUGCUGGUUACGUCCUUAUCUAGGGCUAACCACAGCACAACUUUCCCUGCUUUUUAAUAUUUUAAAGCAGGACCCUGAGUUGAAUUCACCUUGGAAAUGGACUCCUGAAGUGCGACGAGUGCUGGAGGAGGUGCAGCAGGCUGUUUCUGCUCAUCAGGUUUAUCGAGUGGAUCCCUCCAUUGCUAUCACUGUUUUCAUUACCACUCCAGAUCUACAUCCUACAGGUAUCAUUGGCUAGUGGAAUAAACAAUGGCCCGACCCUUUGCAUAUCCAGGAAUGGGUCUUUUUGCCUCAUCAGCCAAAAAAGACAGCACCCACGUUGUUUGAAUUAAUCGCUUGUUUGAUAAUCAAAUGCCGCCAAUGGUGUUUGCAAUUAAUGGCAGUGGAUCCUGCAACAAUUGUUCUUCCAGUACAGCAGGAACACUUUGAGUGGAGCCUUAUUAACAGUGCUCCUUUGCAAAGUGCGCUGCAGAAUUUUUCAGGGCAGAUUGCUUAUUAUCUGCCCAGCCAUAAAUUACUGCAAUUGGCAAAAUCUACAAGCUUCAUCAUGCAGCCAAAAAAUAGUCAGGUGCCAGUGCAAGGACCCACCAUCUUCACAGAUGGGUCCAGGAAAACUGGGAAAGCUAUUGUUACCUGGAAGGAGGAAUCUGAGUGGCAGGUGCUGGAAGGCCACGAGACAGGCUCAGCCCAACUGGUUGAACUGAGGACUGUUGCCAUGGCUUUUCAGCGGUUCUCUCAGGUACCUUUGAAUUUGGUCACUGAUUCUGCCUACGUAGCAGAUAUAACCCAAUGCUUAGAUUGUUCACUUCUGAAGGAAGUCAAUAAUGUGGCUCUGUUUUCACUAUUGAAAACUUUGUGGUGUGCAAUUCAAGCUUGAGUGCACCCAUAUUACAUUCUGCAUAUUUGAAAUCACACCAAUUUGCCAGGUUUCAUAACAGAAGGCAAUGCCAGGGCUGACAGGCUAGCUAACCCUGCCUGGGUAGCGCCUCAGCCUGACAAAAUUGCACAAGCCAUGGCAUCGCACAUUUUUUUCCAUCAAAGUGAACAUACCCUGCAGAAGCAGUUUCACUUAACGCCAACUGAGGCUUGGGACAUUGUCAGCGCUUGUGCUGACUGUCAUGGACUCGCUGCACCUUUGCCAUUGGGGGUAAACCCCAGAGGCCUAAAAGCCUUACAGCUUUGGCAAACGGAUGUAACACACAUUCCUGAAUUUGGCAGAUUUAAAUAUGUGCAUGUGUCUAUUGACACUUUCUCCUCAGCUAUGUGGGUGUCUGCUCAUACUGAAGAGAAAGGUCGCGAUGUCAUUGCCCAUUGGAAACUGGCUUUCGCGAUCUUGGGCGUGCCUUCUUCUGUGAAAACCGAUAAUGGCCCUGCCUAUGCGUCACAGAAGAUGCAGCAGUUUUUGCAACUAUGGGGUGUGAACCAUACUUUGGGUAUUCCGCAUUCUCCUACUGGCCAAGCCAUUGUUGAACGUGCUCACGGCACCUUGAAGCAUGUUUUAGAGAAACAAAAAGAGGGAAUGCAUGGAGAAACCCCACAGAGUCGACUAGAAAAGCGUUAUAUACAAUUAAUCAUCUUACAGUGUGGGAUAUGCCCAGCCACUGCCCUGGAGGGAUGUCUGCUGAGAU